AUGCAGUCAUUUACUGACAAGAUGCAAUUCACUUUACCAGAUUUCAUGUCGUCUCCCAGGAGAAAGAGUGAUAGCCAACGGCCUCGUCCAUUGCAACUAUCUAAGUCAUUAUCCAACCAGGAACUACCCCCUAGCCCGGAUCGCGCACCCCGACCUCUUAGAGCAAAUACUAUACAGAACGGCACUAUUCCACCUGUGCGAAUGUCGGACAAAACCAAGUUGAGAGAGAACAGGCGACCUGGGGCACAAUCGGAUAUAUUUGAGAAGAGCUCCGAGGAUGAGGGAGAGAAUGGGGAAACGAUUGAGGUGUCUGGGAAGCUGCCUGCAGAUUUCGAUGAACUUCCUAUAGAGCUUGUGAGCUUAGCAGACAGCUUUAUUGAUUCUUUAUCUGCGAAGAUCCAUCCUACUCCCCCUUCAGUCGACAAACUGUCCGGGCUUUUCCAAGAUUUCUAUGCUGUCGCUGCUAACCAUAUAAACACUCAUAUCUCCGCCUUAUCAUCCCGACAACACCGCGCAAGCUCUCCAGUACCGUCGGCCUCAUCAUUAUCCUCAACAGCAAGCAAGAUCAGAGCGAAAGCCACUUCCAUGAACAAGGACCUUCCCAAAGUAAUAGAAAGAAGGGAGUCUGAACAGCAGAUGUUAACCAGCGAGGAAAUUAAUGAGCGAAAACGGGCUAGGAAAGCGCUUGAGCAUAAGCGUGUGGCAUUGGAAGAAGCAAUUGAACGGAGAGUUUGUGAAGGGAUUUAUGAUAGGAUAUGGCGACACAGAAGUUCACAAGAUGAAGCUCAGGACGAAAAACUUCGAUCGAAAACUGCCGCUCUUUCGGUUGUUGGAAUUGGACUAGUAGAUCUAGGAGUAGAUUUGGGUAUAAAAUCAAAUGAGGAGCCAGACGCGGCGGAGAAGCGAGAACUAGAGGUUCGAGAGUGGCUAGAAGGUGCUAGAGGGGAACUGAUUGCGAUGAAUGACGAAAAAUAUCCUCUUGGGAAACUUAACCAUCUAAAAGCCGCCCACAAAGGUAUCGUUGAUACCUUAUCACACUUUCAUCCAUCUUCAUCGGCAGAUGAGAUCAUGCCUAUGCUCAUUUUUACUCUCAUAACAUCUCGACCAGAAGGAAUUGAUGUUAUAAGCAAUCUUUACUUUAUACAACGAUUUAGAUGCGAGACAAAGAUCGAUGGAGAAGCUGCAUAUUGCCUAACAAACUUAGAAGCUGCAAUUUCAUUUCUUGAAACUGUAGAUCUUGCAAGUCUGAGGGCAGACGAAGUUCCUUCAGGACCACCCAAAUUUAAUAGUCGACCCAGCACACCGAAACCAGAUAAAUCUGAUUCUUUGACAAUUGGUAUUACACCAACAAAUCUUUCGACUCCAGCAAUUGUUCCGGCAACCUCAAGUCCUUCGGUGACCAAACCUACAUCGUCAUCUCUGUCCUCUCUAAGGCCUACGAUUCAACACGCAGACCGAAGGCUCAGUGAUCUUUUCCAGCCACCUGCAGCUCUUGGGGCAGCUGGAGAUGCGAUUUUUGAUACCGCUGAUCAAGGGUUUAAAAGUAUUGGCAAUAGUUUGGAAGGUAGCUAUAAAUUCUUACUUGGAAAGCUAAAAGAGCGCGAUUCCGCAGGUCGAGCUUCAGAAAUUACAAUCCCAAAGACCCUGGACGAUGCUCGAAAACUUGUCAGUACUCCUCCGCCGGAAGAUGAAGGUUCUUUGAGUGGUGAAAGUACUCCUCAAAGUCCAAGUGUCAAGGAACACAAGAAUGGGCUUAGCACAGAGUCGAAACCCGAAGGACGUAGCAGAAGUGAUUCGGCUCCAAGACUUGAUGAUAGAGUCCUGAGCUUCAUUGGUGGCCGCAAAAUGACCCGAGAAAGAAGCACGGACAGUAAUCGAAGUGGUGGCAGCUCUAGCAAAAGAGUAGCAUUUGUUCAAGACGAAAGUGGAGAGAAAGGCACACCGUCUCCACAGGCUCCAGCUAACAAUCCGGCCAUUGUUGAGUCGAUGCGAAAUCUUGGCAACUCACUCAACCCGAUGAACAGGAUUGCCGGGAUGGGUAUGAUGCGUGGAUUCGGACGUGUAACAACUCCUACGACACCUACCCCGACUAGAUCAACCGUGCCGGAUGGAGGGGUUGCUGAUUUAACCUCUGCAUUCCCUGAUUUAAUACCCUCUGUACCAUCAAAGGAGAUUUCGAAAAUUGCUCCACCAAACAAACGAUUUAUGGAACUUCAGAAUCCAGGAGACCUCAAAAUUAGCGAGGUGAUGGAGCUAUUAAGAGAUUAUAGAAGAUUGGCAGGAGCCCUAAAGGACCUCGGAGCCGUUUAG